GGCAGCCACUGCAGCGGCCUGGCCUGCGGGGGCGGGGCUGGCGCAGGCGGGGCCCGGGGGGACCCUGCGGGCCGGGCGGAAGGAGGGAGGGGGCCGUGCUCGGCACCCUGGCCACAAGGCCACGCGGCCGCGGAGCCACCCCACGGCCGCCUGCCGGGAGCCAGGGCAGCUCCGCCUGGCUCCCACCAUGAGCGCUGAGCUCAGCGUGCCUGCGGACCCCUCCACCCCGGCCUGCUCUGAGCCUGGCCACAAGGGCAUGGAUUACCGGGACUGGGUCCGCCGCAGCUACCUGGAACUGGUCACCUCCAACCACCACUCAGUGCAGGCACUGUCCUGGAGGAAGCUGUACCUGAGCAGGGCCAAGUUGAAGGCCUCCAGCCGAACCUCAGCCCUCCUCUCCGGCUUCGCCAUGGUGGCCAUGGUGGAGGUACAGCUGGAGACGCAGUACCAGUACCCACGGCCGCUGCUCAUCGCCUUCAGCGCCUGCACCACAGUGCUGGUGGCUGUGCACCUGUUCGCGCUGCUCAUCAGCACCUGCAUCCUGCCCAACGUGGAGGCCGUUAGCAACAUCCACAACCUCAAUUCCAUCAGCGAGUCCCCGCACGAACGCAUGCACCCCUACAUCGAGCUGGCCUGGGGCUUCUCCACCGUGCUCGGCAUCCUGCUCUUCCUGGCUGAAGUGGUGCUGCUGUGCUGGAUCAAGUUCCUGCCCGUGGACGCGCGGCCCCAGGCUGGCCCCCUGCCGGGCCCUGGUGGCCACACCGGCUGGCAGGCGGCUCUGGUGUCCACCAUCAUCAUGGUGCCUGUGGGCCUCAUCUUCGUGGUCUUCACCAUGCACUUCUACCGCUCGCUGGUGCGUCACAAGACCGAGCGCCACAACCGUGAGAUCGAGGAACUGCACAAGCUCAAGGUGCAGCUGGACGGGCACGAACGCAGCCUACAGGUGGUGUGAUGGCUCUCGGGGCCCCGCCAGGCAGCCCAAGACCACAGCUGGCCUCCCGCCUGA